CGAUAAGAGGGAUUCUCGCCCGGGUGUGUGGCUGCAGUGACGGGAUUGCCUGAAGCAAGAGGUUGACGGAAGUGUUUCUCUCUCUCUCACUCUGUGUCUGCCUCCCGAAGACUAGCGCCCAGGACUCCAGGCAGCCUCUGCAGCACUGCGGAGUUCGGGGUUUUGAAGCACAAGCACCAAAGGACGAUUUCAAGACAACAGCUCAAAAAGCGGAGGCACUGGUGUCAGAGAGAGAGAGAGAGAGAGAGAGAGAGAGAGAGAGAGAGAGAGAAUGGCUGCCGUAAAAAGCUACGUGGACGUUUUCCUGAGUCCGUCGAUGCAACACUACAUCAGCAAUAACACUCUGAUUGGUGUUUGGUGGAAUAAAGCUACUGCAGCGUUUUGGAGGCCUGACUUCUGGCUUCCGGCAGGACUACGCUGGGAAGACCUGGUGGACACAGAUGACCUGCGCUACCCCAACUUCCAUGAUGUUUGCGUGUAUCCACUUUUCCUGGGUGUGAUGCUGCUACUACUGAAAAACUUCAUUGUCGUGCCCUUCUUACUGGACCCUCUGGCUCGUCUUGCAGGCAUUCCCAACAACCGCCCCCACCCUCCCGUGCCUUCUAAAGUCAUGGAAGCGUUGUACCUCCGCCAUGGACACAUGCCACCAAAGGAGGCUCUAAAGGAGGCGUCUGACAUGGCUGACGUGUCGACUCGUCAGGCCGAACGUUGGUUGAGGAGGCGGCGAGCCCUCGCCAAGACAACCGUCUACGAAAAGUUCAUUGAGUGUGGCUUUAAUCUUCUGUGCCACACGUCGCUGACGGUGUACGGGGUGAAGAUGAUGUAUUCCAAGCCAUGGCUGUGGGACAUCUCUGAGACCUGGGACAACUACCCGCACCACCACGUCGACGACGAUAUGUGGUGGUACUACGUCGCCGGCCUCUCCUACUUUUGGGCCUCCGCCUUCCUGCAGGUCCACUCCCCUGGCCGCAGCACGUUCGACAAGGUGCAGAUGAUGCUGCACCACCUCUUCACCGUGCUGCUCAUGAUGUUUUCCUGGUCGUGCAACUUCACCCGUGCGGGAUCGUUGGUACUCCUCCUACACGAAGUUGCGGACGUGCCUCUGCUUACUGCCAAAAUGCUGACGUACGCCGGCAUCAGUGCCUUCACCGACGCAACUUUUGUAGUUUUCAUCGUGAGCUGGGCCGUGACACGGUGCUACCUCUACCCGUUCUGGCUUAUGAAGGAGAUGUUCAUGCAGACCGACGAUUAUUUUCAGACACCCGCCUUCAACUUCCUGUACACCCUCGCGUGCGGCCUGCUCGUCAUUGACCUGGUGUGGACGUUCCUCAUUAUCCGCGUGGUGAUGAGAAAAGUGACCGCCGGGUCGCUGCAGGAUGUCCGCUCUGACGGGGAGGGCGUGACUACUGAUAAGGACGAGGACGAAAGUUGGAGGGCCAAAAAUAAAACUGAAUAGUGUGUGUGUGUGUGUGUGUGUGUGUGUGUGUGUGUGUGUGUUUGGUAGGUUUAGUUGUUGAAGAGGAAUUCAGGUGUGUUUCCCGUAGAUUUGUAUUUCACCGCUCAAGGACAACGUGUAACCUGAUUCUUUUUAUUAUUCGAUCCGUAAUAUGAGUUAUUCAUGGGUGCCAAUUUCUUGCUAUUAUCAUUCAUGUAUUUUUCGUCAUCUUAUAUUUCACAGAAUUGCUUGUUUUGUUGUCGUCGUCGUCAUCGUCGUCGUUGCCGUUGUUGCUUUUGUUUUUGUUUUUGUUUUGAAUUUUGUUGAGGCUGCUGCUGCUGUUGUCAUUUUUUAUUGUUUUAUUUCUCGGCAGACAAACCUUAUCAGCAAAACCAAGCAAGAACAGUCACUCUGCGCCGGACACUAAAGGGCAGUAAAGGCCAUUACUCGAUGCGCCUCUGAUGUCCAGUAAGCUGUGUCCAAGCUGUGUGUCCUGAUCAUAACCAAACAUUACUUGCCUUCACUAGUUUCUAUUAGUAAUUUAUUAUAUUAUAUAUGUAUAUAUAUUUUUAA